AUGCCAGUCACUGCGUCCGGUGCGGCGCUGCUCUUCUCCGGGGCCACCCUAAUCAUCUCCCUCCUUGCCGCCGCCAGCAUCUACGGCGAUGUAACAGAGCUAUGGAAGGAGCUCGACACUGACAUUGCGCGCUUCAAACUGGAAACCGACACAAUGUGGUCGGACCUGGUCCAAAUGGGCGCCGGCACCGCUUCCAACCGUCUUCGGCGCCAGACCCAAAAUUAUGGAGGAUACGGAGCCACCGGGCAGCAGCACCAACCAUCUGGUGGUUAUGGUGGAUACGGAGCUACCCCUGGCGGUGGACCCACCCCAAGCUUCUCCACCGAUGAGCAGCCAGGCGGACCAUCUGUUGGUGGGCCUCCUGAUUGUGUGCCCGGAACUGGCGUUAAUGGAGUGCCAUGCCGCCCGAACUUCCCUGGAUCUUUCGGAGGACCAUUCACCGCUAGCGGCCGCCUCUGCCAAUGUAACGCCCAGAACUCGUGCCCAGCCGGCCCCGCUGGGCCUGUCGGAGAUGCUGGUCCGGAUGGACUUGACGGUAUUGAUGGUCAGGAUGGAAAGGACGGCCAGGAUGCUGAUGAUGUCCAACAACACGCAGCCACUGGAUGCUUCAACUGCCCACAGGGACCCCCCGGACAGCAGGGACCUUCUGGAUCACCUGGAAUCCGAGGAAUGCGCGGAGCUCGUGGUCAACCCGGAUCACCUGGACGGGACGCCGAGAAGCCGGUGGCCCGACAGGGUCCUCGCGGUAUUCCGGGUGACGCUGGAGUCGAAGGACCAGCUGGAGAUAAGGGACAAGAUGCCCCUCAAGGCAAGGAAGGGCCCAUUGGAGAGCCCGGAGUUCCUGGAUACCAAGGAGCUGCUGGAGCUGAUGGAGAGGAGGGCCGCGAAGGACCCAGUGGAUCUGUCGGCAAGGAUGCCGAAUAUUGCCGUUGCCCGGAGCGUGAAAAUGGCUUUGGAGCCGGAACUGGAAAGGCUGCCACGUUUGAAGAUAGCCAGGGCGGACGUCAAGGAGGAAAUAAUGGAUAUGGAGGUGUCCCGCCAAGAACCGGCUACCGACACAUC